AUGAAGCAGCGCGCGGGUCCUAGUUUUGUGAAGGUUCAUAAUCUAGAAGAAAACUCGCACUUGGAGAGGCGUGAAGCGGUCCUAGUUGAGAUCGUGCCAAGGGAUGACACAUCCAUAGGAGUGGAGAGCCUGGUAGACGUCCCCGGUGGUGAAGUCGGGGGAGGCACCGACAGAGACAAUGCACAGAGGAGAGGGAGGCCCGUGAAAGGGCUGACACACAUAAACUCCUUCUCGGCGGCUACAGCUGCAGACACCCUAACCUUCUUCCCUUUCUCGCCUUGCUCCGCCGCCGCCGCCGCCGAAGACGGAGGAUGGGGACCCGGGACAUGCCGCUGCCUCGCCUCUACGAGCUCCUCCACGGCCAAGACCGUGACCGGUGGCCGCGCGCCGGAGGCCAGGUUCCUCGCGGCCGCGCACCACGGCCACGUCCGCAAAAUCAAGAAGAUCGCAAAGGAGCUGGACGUGCAGGGGCGCGGGAUCCCGGCGACGGUGGCCAGCACGACCUACAUGGGCAUGAACGCGCUCCACGCCGCCGGCGGCCGCGGCAGGCUGCCAGCCUACCGGUACCUCGUCGAGGAGGUCGGGAUGGACGUCGACAAGCCCGACACCGCACAGGAUUUCACACCCGUGGUGCACGCCGUCACCAACGGCUGCCUUCCAGCCGUCAAGUACCUCGUCAACCACGGCGCUGAUGUGCAUCAGCAACGUUCAGAGGGGAACACCACUCUUCUGCAUACGGCUGCUCUUCUUGGUAUGAAAGAGGGACUUAAUUCGCUCCAUUAA